CCAAAAGUCAUUAUUGAAGACGUAAUUGAAGAUGGCCGAUAUAAUCAUUCAUUCCGUUCGCCAACAACAGGCCAGUCCUGGAACCGUAUACCACGCCCUUUAUGGACACUACUUUUUGGGUAUUUCCCAAAAGAAUUUGGCGAUCAUUUACGGAAAAAGCCUGUCCACUAUUUAUGGUUGGAUUCAAAAGUUUGAAAGCGAGGGACUUUACCGAAGGAAAAAACGAGCUCAGGUCUUCAAAAAGUUCCAGUCGGAAAUGCGACAAUGGUUGGUGGAGCUUUAUUGCAAGCAUCCUCUUUUAUUUUUGGACGAAGCCAAGGAGAUGUUCCAGGCACAUUUCCAGAUGACAAUAAGUACUUCAUCCGUCUGUACUAUUCUGCACGAGGCAGGCCUGUCGUGGAAAACCAUUGAGAGAAGAGCUAUUCAAAUUCGUAUGGAAGAAAUAGUGCGGUUUGUGAAUGAGCUCCUCGCCAUACCAUGGGAUAUUUUCAAUUUAGUUUUCCUCGAUGAGGUGAGUAUUGACAAUAGGGGCACGUUACGUCAGAAGGGAUAUGGUGUCGUAGGAAAAAAGUUAAUUUUCAGAGGAGAAUUUUGUCGCCGUGCUCGUUCAUCGUUCUUAUGUUUCCUUGGCGCUGAUGGAAUCCUGGAUAGUUUCUGGACUGAAGGCACUUUUAACAGGCUAAAGUUUUUCGAAUGCUGCCGAAAGUUUGCCUUGCGGAAUCCUAAGGUUCAAAGAUAUCCAGGAUUCCAUUCAGUAUGGAUCAUGGACGGUGCGAGGAUUCAUUGCGACGCUAAUCUCAUUCGCUAUCUUCGAUCCAUUGGGAUCAUACCCAUAUUCCUUCCGGCGUACUGCCCCUUUUUCAAUCCCAUCGAGGUGAUCUUUGGCCUCGUGAAAAAACGUCUUCAGAGAGUACACCGGGAAGGUGAACAAAUUCUGGCUGAAGUAUGUGAAGCUAUGAACUACUUCAAAGUUUAUCCUUGCCAGAAACUGUUUGAACACUGUGGAUACUUCCCUGGAGGAUUUUUCAGCCCUGAGAAAGGCUUAACGCAAGAUCCAAAUGAGGUCGAUUUGAAUAUUGUUCCCAAUUAAUAUAAGAGCAAGUUUUGAAACGUUUACUGUUAACAAUAAUGAACUAUCUGAAACAAAUAAAUAAAAUUCAUGAAGACCGUGAAACUAUUGCAAAUAAAACUUAUUUUAUUUAUUCAAAACCGUAAAAUCAAAACAAGAAAAACACUUUAAGAGUGAUCAACAUCGGGACAAUCAGUUACUUUCUCCGCCAACACUUGGCUCACUUCGGACUCUUCUGGUCGGAUUGCUGAUUGCACUGCGGUGAUAAAAUCUCCAGCGGCUAAUCCUUUUGUUAUCAUUGCUUCGAGCUUGCGGGAAACGUUGUUAAGUAUUCCAAGUGCUGCUGAAAUUUCUUCCCUUAUUUCAGCCGCUUCUUUCACCCAACCAGCAUUCACAGUAUGAGCCACUGUGACACCCCGAUGUACUGACUGCAGGCGGGCUGCUUCUGACACAUUUGUCCAUCGGAAGUAUUUGGCGAGCUCCAAAGGCGGUGCGGGAUCAAUUUUCAAUUGCUCUUGCUUGUGAGCAGGCGAAGAGUGGAUGAAGUUGGCCCACAACAUCCACGAGCUUUGAUGUCCCUCUAAAUCCAAGUGAGUUUCCUUAAGCUCUUUAGCCAAAGCAGCACAAUCACGGGUCGAGUGGGCUCCGGCUCGGUCUGAGUUUGUUGGCGUAAUGAGCGUCUUCAGUACCAUUUGGUGCUGGGCA